CUAUUUGACAAAGUGACAAACUGUGAAACUUGCCAAGAAGAAUUUCAGAUGUGUGUUGGGGGUACAAACAAAUGGUGUACCGAUUUGGUGAAUUCAUGUCCGAUGUGCCAGUGCAUUAAAGGCAAAUGUUUCGAUGUAAGGACUAAAGAACCCUGCACACCUUGUAAAGGAUACUCAGAGUGCCUUCAAGAAAUAUUGCCGUGUGGGACUCGGGAAAUUCAAGUUGAAGAAGAAGCCGACUUGAAUUUUGAUUGCAGCGUUAAAUUUCAUUACGGCAUCCGGGAUGAAAUGGAAUACGUUCUUGAAAAGAAAAAUGGCUCAACAAUGGUUCCUAUACAAACAUUCUCCCAGCCAACAUAUGUUAAAUAUUUAGCUGACUUUAGUGAUGUUGGCAUUUAUUCCUGCACUGCACGAUCAAGAACAACGAGGUUUCCAAUCAGCACAGUUGAUUUUAACGUAAAAGUGAUAAAAGGCGCAACAAGACCUCUGGAAAUCAGUCAAGGAACACUGCCACCAAUUCAAGAUAUUCCAGAUAUUCCAGAUGUAGACUGGACAUUAGUUAUAGCAGUGGCCAUUCUUAUUGUUAGCAUUUUCCUGGUUAUUGGUGUAAUAGUCGGCUUGAUGUGAGUAUAUUUUUAUUUGAUAUCCAGUUCUUUUUAUAAUGGUGACCACAGUACAAUACAGUUGACUAAGUAUCACCUCUCAGAUCCAAU